UAAAUAUGUUCGCGGUCGCGAUGCAAAUAUAUACACACAGAUCUGCUCACUCAAACACACCGACACAAAAUGUACAGCAAAAUUAAAGCGAAAUUAGGGGAGAGUGCAAGCAACACCUAGCUAAAUCGGUUCAACCAAGAAUGCACAUCUUUGACCCAAAUCCGAGUGAUAUCUAUAAAAGAAUUGCAGAAGAAACCUCAAGGAGUACUUAACAAAGACUUUGGUUGAGAACAGACAGAUUUUCCUCCUGCACUCCGUAAGGUGUUAAGAAGAUCUUCACACAUACCUUGGAUUACAUUUCAUGGUAACAGAGCAAAAAAUGGCAUUAAAAGACCAAUCUAAAAAGGGUGUUAUGGACACAAUUAGCUCCACAGCAAGCAAUCUGUUGAACCGGCAUUUUUACGAUUUAAUUUGGUCCAAAGAAUCAAGUACUGGACCAGUGAGUGAUAUCAACCACAAUAUCUGUGAUACCAGCUCAGGCACUACAACAUUUUCCAUGAAAGAUGUAUCAGAACAUAGCGUUUCAGACUCUUGUUGGAUUGUGAUACGAGAUAAAGUCUACGAUAUAACUGAAUUCCUUAGCAAGCAUCCUGGUGGAGAAGAUAUCCUCUUAGAACAUGCUGGAAGAGAUGCCACACAUACGUUUGAGGAUACAGGGCAUUCAGACGCAGCUUCCAACAUACUACCUCAGUACUACAUAGGAGAAUUAAGACAGAUUGACAAAAUUGAUAAAAAAAAAUGAAAGUGGACCUUUGUUAUUGUAUAUAGAUCAUCUCACUUCAACCUUCUCAGUUACAAAAACGCAUUUAGAAACCAUUUUCAUUCAUUGCACAUCUUUAUUUCAAGACAUUUUGCAGUUCAUUAUUUUUAUCAAAUUAAAACAACAUUCCGAAAUAAAACAUCUCUCAUACUUAAA